UAAAAAAUCAUCAUGUCUCAUGUUCGUCUGCUUAUUUAUUGGCUCGCUUUUUGAGGGUUGCUGGCGACCACCAUCCUUCGUCAUGGAGCUGUACUUGCUUCAGUUUUGGAAAACCAAACUGCUUGCACUUUCGGAUUUGAAAUUGGACGCUACCCUCCAAUCUGGAGGGGCUGGAAUAACUGAUAAAGGCCUAGAUGAUGCCACGGUACGAUCGGGAAAGUGCCUCACCGCGGUCCUCGGAGGAGAGUAUGGACUGCGCAAACUGGUUAAUCUCGGCAUUCCUAGCGAUAAAAUGAAGAAAAAAAAAAGCCCGGAGGUAAUCGUUGGGCGCAUGACUGCUAACCUCAAAAGAGUGUGGGUGCUGCAAAAGUUUUGUACCCCCUUCUAUCGAUGA